GGGUUGACGCUGACGCCGUUCGUGCGGCACUGGCAGCCGGCCGUGUACGAGCCGCCCCACCAGCUGCGCCGGCGCCGCUCCGCGCCCGCGCAGCCGCUGCCACCGCCGCCCCCCGCGCCCCCGCACCCGCUGCGACUUACCUUCUGGGCCCACAACAGAGAGUUCAAACUGGUGCUGAGGCCGGACCCCAGCUCGGUGUUUGCGGACGGAGCGCAAUUCCACUCUUCCACCGGCCCUCUGGACUACAACACCGCCCACGUCUACUCGGGGAAGCUUGAAGAUGACGACUCAUCUCAUGUUUACGGUGUCAUCACAGCGGAAGGGCUUUUUGACGGCACUAUCUGGACACCCACAGAAGAAUAUUAUGUAGAACCAUUAUCCCGUUACAGCCAAGAACAUCCCACAAUGCACAGCGUCAUAUAUCGAAGAUCUGAUGUGGAGCAUCCGCAUGAUAACGGCGAGGGCACUCCUUGCGCUUCACAUCUUCUUCAUAUGAAAAAAACAAUGGGCCACCAAGGAGAACUCUUCAACUUCACUAACCUUCCUCACAACGAAAAUCUACCUCUCAACAACCGCACCGAAGAUUUGAACAGCGAAAUACACAGACGUAAGAAGAGGUGGCUCCCCGAAGACGAAAUGCAAGAUGACGAGCCAAAGAAGAAUCCCGAAUUACCUUUAGAUUUAGACGUCCCUUACACGAGCAAUAACGAACCGUUCGACAAGUUCAGCACGAGAAAGCCAAAAACCAAAAUCGACAAGAGUAACCUCAUAACUAAGGUGCGACUCGAUUCCGAAGAGUCGCGACCGAAGCCAAAGACGCACGUGGAAGUGAUAAAAACUAAAGCAGGGGUCGUGACAAUCAGUAAGGAUAUAGUUAAAAAGGAGCCAGUUGGGUAUACUGUGUUAUCCGCGAACGGGACAGACGAUGGUCGACAUGUAAACAAGAGAGCUACAGUAGACCCCCGGAAGACCACAUGUCUAGUGUACUUGCAAGCAGACCACAUGUUCUUCCAGCGAUAUGGAUCGGAAGAAGCAUGCAUUGAAGUAAUGACUCGACACGUACAAAAAGUAAACGCCAUUUAUAAAGUCACAGACUUCAAUCAAGACGGCAAGCCCGACAACAUUACCUUUAUGAUCAAAAGAAUAAAAGUUCACACAUUAGACGCUUUGAAAGAGCCUUCAUAUAGAUUUCCUAACAACUACGGCGUUGAGAAAUACUUAGAGCUUUUUUCGGAGGAAGACUACGACGCAUUCUGUUUAGCAUACAUGUUUACGUACAGAGAUUUUGAAAUGGGCACUCUGGGUCUGGCUUGGACGGGUGAUUUGAAGAAUGCGGGCGGUGUUUGUGAGAAAAAUGGGCAUUAUCGCGGCAGUAUGAAGUCUCUGAACACCGGCAUCGUGACGUUACUCAACUACGGCAAGCACGUGCCGCCCGCCGUGUCGCACGUCACCCUCGCGCACGAGAUUGGACACAACUUCGGCUCCCCGCACGACCCAGAAGUGUGCACCCCUUUCGGCGAGGACGGCAACUUCAUAAUGUUCGCGCGCGCCACCAGCGGCGACCGCAAGAACAACAACAAGUUCUCCCCGUGCUCGCUGCGAGCCAUCGACCCGGUGCUCAACAACAAGGCGCGCUCUCCCAAGGGCUGCUUCACAGAGCCUCAGCCGGCCAUCUGCGGCAACGGCGUGGUGGAGGCAGGCGAGGAGUGCGACUGCGGCUGGGCGUCCGAGUGCACGGACGUGUGCUGCCGACCGCAGGCGCCGCGCCCGCACUACAAGCCCUGCACUCUCACCGAGCACAGCGUGUGCAGCCCCAGCCAGGGUCCAUGCUGCACCGCUUCGUGCACACUCAAGUUCGGCGACAAAUGCCGUUCCGACAACGGUUGUAGGGACGCCGCACACUGCGACGGGAAGCGAGCCGCCUGCCCCGCUAGUAGGCACAAACCGAACCGAACGCGAUGCGACAAAGAACUCGUCUGCUACAUGGGAGAAUGCACCGGUUCCAUCUGCCUCGCUUACGGUCUGGAGUCAUGCCAGUGUGCACCACGAGCUGAAGACCCCCGCUCCGCCUGCGAGCUGUGCUGCCGACGGGCCGGCGGGCCCUGCCUGUCCUCCUUCCACUGGAACGCGGCGCCCUACGACGUGCCCGACAUGUACGCCAAGCCCGGCACGCCCUGCAACGACUACAACGGGUACUGCGACGUGUUUCAACGCUGCCGCGAAGUGGACCCGGCGGGCCCGCUGGCUACCCUGCGCCGCUUACUGCUCUCCGACGAGAGCCUGGCCGGCUUCCGGCGCUGGCUGCUGCGGCACUGGUACGCCGCGCUGCUUGUGCUGCUGGCCGUCAUCGCGCUUCUGGUCGCCAGCACGCGGUACUUCGGGCGGCACGGCAAGAAGCUCAAGUCUGUUACUAUUAUCCACUCGUCCACAACAGAAACCGUCCGUUUGCCCGAUGCUCCCGACCAGGGCCUUAUAGUUCACACAGCUGUCAGGUCUAAAGUUCCACUUAAGAAGAAAGUGGCUCUACGAACCCGAGCCUACAGAAAUAAGAAGGACCACAAAAAAUUAGGAGACAAACCGUCUCCAUCUCACAGUGCCAAUAAAAAGAGAAACCCUACUACACAAGUGAAGCCAGAUGAAAACAUUAAAAUUAAUAAAGAGAACACAGCCGUUGUAACUAAUGCAGAUGGUAAAUCUCCAAAACAUGUGAUAUUAUCGAAACAUAAGGGAAAAGUUAAAAAACGUAAGUCGAAAGUGAAAAAAGAGACAAUAGACUAUAGCGCCAUGCAGAAGCACUCGUCGUCCCCUACUAAGGAUACCGAAGCCUUAACCAAAGUCCAGAAGUGGUUACUCAGUUCACCACAACCGACCGUUAUUCCUAAAUCUAAAUCAAUACCAUUAGGACUUACAGAAAGGACUCAUAGGCAAGUCCAAAAAGGGUCAAGAAAAACUAGGCCAUCCAAGAGCGCAACCAACCUUCUCAGCGGGGAGAAGGCCAGGUUACAAGUAGUAUUUAAACCACCCUUCCGAUUCAGUGUCAAAAUUUGCAAAAGUGAUAAGACUAAAGUGGUUUUAGACAAAUCCUCCAAGCCCGACGUAGAUAGAAAACGCCACGAACCAUCAGCGCCGCAAACUGCCUCCGGGGACGUCGCAAAAUCUAAUCCAUCCAACAGUAAACUAAUAAAGCAUUCUAAUUCUACGAGAUUAGAAAACGCUACCCCUAGUACACCUAAACCAGAGAUGCCACAAACGCAAGAAACCGGAACCCACGGAUACGCGAACCUGCUGCCGAGGAGCGCCAGCGAUUGCAAAUUAACGAAGAAACUACAGGAAGGGAAAUCGCGGAGCGGUCACAAGAAGAGUAAUUCUCUGGGGCAAAAGAAGGAGACGACAGAGAGUCGCCAGAAUCUGAUCGCGCCAGAGGACGCGGACAGCGCGCACGUUUACGAGAACGUAUCGAUGGCGCAAGAAGCGUUCGUACCGAAGAGUUGCAGCAUGCCGCGGCGACAGACCAGCGUCGGCAUCUCGCGGCAGAGCAGCUACGGCCAUCUGCCGCGAGCCCACGCCCGUCCGCACCGGCACAGCACCAGCAACGUCAACGCCCGCCCCGCCGACCUCGACCACUUCUACAGAGUCAUCGAGUCGCUGAAGCACAGCGAGCCCACUCGGACCGGCGAGCGAACGAACGCAUCCGGCGAAAAGUCGGCGCGCGCGAGCCCCAUAGACACGUCCAAACUGAAGCGGCGACUCAGCGAAAUCGAAAUCGGCAAGCGACACCUCAACGACAGCGGCGUGAAAGGCUUCCAGCUGGUGGUUGGCAAGAGUAAACUGAAGCGGCAGAUGAGCGACAACGAGUUGUGCGAGCCGCGCGUGCAGCUCGCGAUGCCGAUGUCCGCGGGCGCCGACCCGCGCCCCGCCUUCUGCUGGGCGGAGCCGCGGCACAAGCGACCCGCCUACACAUUCGGCGAGCUCAAGCACUCCGUACCCGACGCCGCCCAACCCUCCUGCCCUGCCGACGCCCCGAUCUCCCCCAAGGAAUUCCUGAACGAUGACUGACGCCGCGCUCGAAUCGAUUCUGUAGAGUAAACGAGUGCAGUGCGGUGCUCCGUGCGUGACGAAUGCGUGUACGCUUGUCGUAUUCCCGAGUUGUAUCUAUGUCGAUUAGUGUAAAUAUUGUAAUUUGCUUUACUACCAGUUAAGAUUAAUGUAACCUGCCACUGAAACGGACCAUUGCUUAGUGUUCGCUUCCGAGAUGCUCGGUUGAACAGAAUCUCGUGAAGUUGUUGUAGUUAGGUAACGAUUUAAUUUUGGAACUCGAUGAAAAUUGGUUAGUCUUUGACUAGUGCCCAUAAGUGAUAAUAAUAUUGUUUUUAAGUUGUUGCACAAUGUUGUCUCCCUCGCGUAUUGCAAGAGAUGAUGGACUAGCAAUGGUCUCGUUUCACUGAACGAUCUCUAUAAAUGAAUCUCUAUUUUUUCUACAUGCUAUGUAUUGUACAAAUUUACUCAUACCUAUGUAAAGUGUUCAUGUAAUGACUAAUUUAGUGUUUUAAUUAAUUGAACAUUCCAUAAUUUUUUAUUUAACUUUUUUUUCUUUAGAAAUGGAACCCCUAAUUACGUAUUUAAUAUUUUUGAACUCUACUAAUUCUUCUAAUUUACCUUGAUAGUUGUCAAUUAACACGUCAAUAUCUUAAACUAAAAUACACACACAAAAUUGUAAUUAUGCUAUGAAAUAAUCAUUCUAGGGUUCUCGAUCCGGGUAUCAGAGAGAAUGGCAUUUGUAACAUACAAACUACAUAAUUAUUUUUACUUCAUUGAAAUGAUCCGCUUCGGUGGGAUCAAGAAGGAAAUUAUAUUCUAUUCCACUAUUUUCUAAAGGGAAUCAUAGAAUGUUUUAAAAUUCAUAUUAAAAUAAACUGUGUAUUAUGUGUGUAUUACCUCUAAACUGUUCCACUAAUAAGAAUAUUUUUUUAAUAAUAUUCAUAAAAUAUGUUAUUAACGAAAGCUAAUUUAUCAUUGUCUACUUUAUAGUAAUAUAAGUUAUUUACGGGAUUGUUACCACGUACCUUGUUUUUAACGAGUUUCCGAUAUUUCGGCACUGUUGCAAGCGCCGUGAUCACGAAGUUACUGAAGUAAUUGCGGGUAGGCUGUUAUUGGCAGACAUAUCGGUCUACCCUCCGACGCAGUCUUAUAUAGCGUUCGAUACCCGUACCACUGUUUACAUUCUCACUAUUCACUCGAAACUGUUCUCGACACACAACACUAAGGCCCGUAUUACAGAAUGACAACUAAG